CGACGUUACAGUAUCUCUCUCUCUCUCACACGAUCAAGAAAACUUUCACGUUCACCGGUGAAAACUAUUACUCCCGUAAGAAAAUAAUUAAAGACCUAUUCAAAUGGAAAAUUUUAGAGCUUUUCCUCUCGCCGGGAAUCUAGACCCUCGAGCUCAAGAGUUCGUACCACUAAACCCUAUGUCUUCACGUUUUCACUUUCCGUACACUUCUCUCCCGCCGCCGCCGCUGCCUCCACCUCCUCCGUCGUACGGACUAUCUCCAUCGGAUCCAAGAAUGUUCACGUUCUUUAAUAUCCCACCACAUCCGAUGAUGUUUCCUCCUGCUCCUCAUCCUCCACCUCCACCACCACCACCACCUCGUCCCUGGUUUAACGGUUUUUCAGCUGUUCAACGGCCAUCUCCGCCGUCGAACUCGCCGACGCGAUCACUUUCUCUGAUCUACGUACCGCGUGACGUCACCGAGUCUACGGUGAGACGUGACUUGGAGGUGUUCGGCGACGUGCGUGGCGUGCAGAUGGAGAGAAUCUCGGAAGGAGUCGUGACCGUCCAUUUCUACGAUCUCCGUGACGCGAAAAGAGCUGUUCGAGAGUUUUGCGGUAGACACAUGCAACACCAAGAAAGGCUCGGUAGCAGCAGUGGAGGUGGAAGCGUUUGGAGGUCACCUUCUUCAUCGGCGCGUGGGUUUGUUUCUGGUAGACCAGUGUGGGCCCACUUUGUAGUUCCGGAUACAAACGCCGUACCCGGUGGUUGUAACCAAGGAACGUUGGUGAUAUUUAACCUAGACCCCGAAGUCUCUUCCACUGCUCUCAGACAGAUUUUCCAAGUUUACGGUUCGAUCAAAGAGUUGAGAGAGACACCAUACAAGAAACAUCAAAGAUUCAUCGAGUUUUACGAUGUAAGAGAUGCAGUGAAUGCGUUUGACCGAAUGAAUGGUGAAGAAAUUUAUGGGAAGCAAGUUGUGAUCGAAUUUAGCCGACCAGGUGGGCUUAAGAACAAGUUCACGCCAUUUAGGCAACCGCAGUUACCGUUUCAGCCGCGACCAGUUUUAUUGACUCCUCCUUUGAAGCAGUCUGUUAUUCUGACCAAUAGUAAAAGCAAGAGUGUGAGCCCUAAUAAUGGAGUGGAUGUUGUUGAAGCUUCUAUGCGUUCGUUGUGUGACAUCGAUGAUGAAGCAGAACCUGAAACAAAGAGCAAGAACGUGGCUAAGUUGGGGAGGAAAAAGCAGAUGAAGAGCAUGGAACUAAGUCAGUUUCUUAUCAGUGAAGAAACAAUGAAUGAUCCAAGUUGCAGAGAUCCACGUACCACUUUGAUGAUAAAGAACAUACCAAACAAGUACAGUCAAAAGCUGCUGUUGAAUAUGCUGGAUAAUCACUGCAUUCACAUCAACGAAGCUAUCACCGAGGAGGAGAGGGACGAACACAAAGCUCAUCAUGAUCAGCCAAUUUCUUCUUAUGAUUUCGUGUAUCUCCCGAUGGAUUUCAACAACAAGUGCAAUGUUGGUUAUGGAUUUGUGAACAUGACAUCUCCGGAGGCAGCUUGGAGGCUUUACAAGGCGUUUCAUCUCCAGCGUUGGGAGAUUUUUAAUUCGCAUAAGAUUUGCCAAAUCACAUAUGCGAGAGUUCAGGGUUUGGAGGAUCUAAAGGAACACUUCAGGAGCUCAAAGUUUCCGUGCGAGGCCGAACUGUACCUUCCGGUGGUUUUUUCGCCUCCACGAGACGGGAAGCAGUUAACGGAACCUGUUUCUAUCAACAUAAACGACUGCACCGGGCUCAAUAAUAUUCAUCAUCUCGAGCCUAUUGACGGUCCAGAUCACUCUGUGGGUGGAUCAUGUUGCGGUAGUGACAAUGAUAACAGUCAGGAAGAUGGAUUAUCCGCAAUAACAUAGAUGGUGGACGGAGUUUCACGGUGGUAGGAGCGACAUCUUUCUAGAAGUUGUUUGUAAUGUAAACCAUAAAUAUAUGAAGUGUAAUUAGACAAAUCAUGUUGUUUAUGUUUUAUGCGUGUUAUGUUGUCUCA